UAGCAUGUAUCCUGUCAACCCCAAAGACCUACCUCCUGACUGUGACUCCUGCGGGGAUAUUUUAGAAAGUGUUCCAGAAUUAAUGCACAGUAAUCUAAGCCCUGCAAGGCAGAGACAGAAGGAGUAUGAUGGGUAUUUGAGACCAUGCCCAAAUUCUAUGCAAAAGACGGGACAUCCUGAAUUCAAAUUUCAUACUCCAAGUGGUAAGGCUUGCGGUCACAGUGUUGAACUCGGACAACAUGAGAAAGCAAGCGCUCCAGCACAGCCUUCUGGAUGUGAGGACUGGAAACAGUCCUCUCUUAGAAAGGGGAAUCCGUCUGUACAUAACCAAAGGAAAAGAACAACAGAUUCUAAAAAGAAGCAUAUCUGCAGAGAGUGUGGGAAGUCCUUCUGCAGGAAGUCAGUGCUGCUGCUGCACCUGGCGGUUCACACGAAGGAAAAGCCUCAUCAGUGCCCUCAGUGUGGAAAUGCAUUCAGAAGGCGGUCGUAUCUCAUUGACCACCAGAGGACUCACACCGGGGAGAAGCCCUUUGUUUGCAAUGAGUGUGGAAAGCCCUUCCGCCUGAAGACAGCCCUGACGGAUCACCAGAGGACACACACAGGGGAGAGGUCGUAUGAAUGUCCACAGUGUCAGGGUGCCUUCAGGUUGAAGUCCCACCUCAUCCGUCAUCAGAGGACUCACACGGGAGAAAAACCAUAUGAGUGUACUGACUGUGGGAAGGCCUUCCGCCAGAAGACAACACUCUCCCUCCAUCAGAGAAUUCACACAGGCGAGAAACCCUUUGUUUGUAAAGACUGUGGGAAAUCGUUCCACCAGAAAGCAAACCUCACUGUCCACCAGAGAACUCAUACAGGGGAGAAGCCCUACAUUUGUAAGGAAUGUGGGAAGUCGUUCUCUCAGAAAACAACACUUGCUCUUCAUGAGAAAACUCAUAGUGAGGAGAAGCCCUAUAUGUGUAAUGUCUGUGGGAAGACCUUCCGCCAGAAAACAACCCUUGUGGCCCAUCAGAGGACGCAUACCGGGGAGAAAUUGUAUGCGUGUCCUCGCUGUGGGAAGGCCUUUAGAAUGAAGUCGUACCUCGUUGACCAUCACAGAACCCACACAGGCGAAAGACCGUACGAAUGUGACAAGUGUGGGAAGUCCUUCAGUCAGAAGACCAAUCUCAACCUACACCAGAGGAUUCACACUGGAGAGAAACCCUAUGUUUGCAGCGAGUGUGGGAAGCCCUUUCGGCAAAAAGCAACGCUCAUCGCACACCAGAAGAUCCAUACGGGGCAGAAGUCCUAUGAGUGUCCGCAGUGUGGGAAAGCCUUCAGCAGGAAAGCCUACCUCAUUCAUCAUCAACGAACUCACACGGGGGAGAAGCCCUACCAAUGCGAUGACUGUGCAAAGUGCUUCCGCCAGAAGACAAACCUCAUUGUCCACCAGAGAACUCACACGGGGGAGAAGCCCUAUGUGUGUACCGACUGCGGCAAGUCCUUCAGCUACAAGAGAAACCUCCUUGUCCACCAGAGGCUUCAUAGGGAGAAUAGGGAAAUGGAAUAG